AUGGCAGUCCAGCCAACAUGGAACUAUCUGUGCGAAAACGAAUUGCAAUACGGUAUUCUAAGUACCUAUGACUAUCACUGGUUUCUGUAUAAACCCAAGAAUGCACCAUCCGAGCUUUAUAUAUCAGAAGCUCUUUCACUGGAAUCAAAGUGUCCAGUCGUUCUCAUGGCAUAUGCGUAUAUGGCUUGGAAGGCCGUGAACGAUUGUCAUUCCCGAUAUCCAUCUAUAAUAUUGACACAGCCUGCGAAGAAUCGACAAGUGUUAGAUGAAUUGCUUAAGGAAAUUAAAGCAUAUAAUGAUCUUGCUGAUAUUCAAGGGAAGUACAUCCCAAAGUUGAGAGCUAAUGCUUUGGAGGCAUUAAGGGAAAUUCACAAGCAUGGUAUUCUUCAUGAUGAUAUUAGAGCAGAGAACAUUUUAGUUAGUAAUCAAGAUGACGUAUAUAUUAUAGACUUUGGAAUGUCCAAUCGAGCUGAUAUAAAAAAGAAGAGAAAGUGGUAUCAGGAUGAGAUGACACAAUUGUCUUGUUUGCUAGAUCAGUAUACUAGAUGUUCUGGCCCGUAG